GUCAAAUCAUGAAAUUACGGGGUAGAAUUGAAAAGGAUGUCUGUGAGGAAGAAGCAGAAGUAAAUGAAGAGGUUCAAAGUGAUUCCGAUGAAGUAAAUGAUGACAGUAAUAAAAGUGAUGAUACUGUUGAAAGUGACAAAGAACAUGGUGAUGAUGAUGAUAAUGAUAACGAGGAGGAGGGGGAUAGUGACAAUGAAACUCCCAUUGCUGUAAGCCUUAAAGACAGCAAAAAAAUUGCACAAGAUAAACAUGAAAGAGAAAUCCAAUUAUCUAAUUUAAUAAAGCAAGAGAAAAGGCAAAAGGCUAAAGAAAGAGAGAAUAAAAACAAGAUACAGCAAGAUGCAAAGAAAAUACGAACACCGUCUUUAGUUCCUGCUAAACUUGACAGUGCCAUAUUAGAAAUGGUAGAUGAAGAAGUCGACUUACUAAAUCAAACAAAACAAUCUGAAGAGGACAUUAAGCUACGGCAAAAGAAUAAAAUACAUUUUUCUGACGAUGAGUGUAGUGAGAAAGAUGAGACUUAUUUGUCUGAUGAAGAGAAUACAAACAGAUUUGAAGCCUGUCACCUGAUAGAUGUUAGAAAGACUGGCCAUGAUAUAUCUGCCAGAGACUUUUUGAACAAUCAUUUUUUUGGAGACAGGAUAAAACGUGAAAAAUAUAUAAUGAGUGCUGUUAACAGGAAGAGAAAAAGGGCUUCUAAAAAUAUAUCUCAAAAGAAAAGAAGAUAAAAAAUAAGUUAUUUGUAACAUAAAUAACUGUUAUUUUUAAGUGUGAAAUUUUUUAUAGUUUUCAAUUUUACAACAACACAAGAACAGCAAAAAAUGA